AUGGGUCACCCAAAGUACCCGCCGCAGCUAUCUCACGAUGAAGAGGCAUACCUGCUCUCGAACUUGAAAGACUGGUCGAUCGCCCAUGGCUUAGCGGUUCGUCCAGCUCCGUCUUUUGUGCAGCAAUCGCAGGACCCCUCUGGCGUACUUGCAGCGACAGCACCCGUCACUCUGUUCCCGAGUCUCUUCCCAAAGUCAUGUUUCGAGGAGGGAAUGGCCAUUCAAAAAGCCUACAAUGAGCUUUACUCGGCCAUCUCUCGGGAUGAGGAGUGGCUACGCGACAUCAUUGGAGAGCUCACUGAUGUUGACGACUUUGUCGCACGGCUAUGGAGAACACACCUGGAAGUGAAGAAAGAAGGCUAUGUUCAGGAUCUCUCUCUUGGUCUGUUCCGGUCGGAUUACAUGGUACACCAGGAACACGCGAAAGCGGGCUCAUCUCUUGGUUUGAAGCAAGUCGAGUUCAACACAAUCGCUUCAUCGUUUGGUGGAUUAUCAUCGAAGGUAUCGGCAAUGCACAACUAUCUUCUUGGGAUUGACGCUUACCCAAAAUCAAUGUCUUCGAUCCUCAAGAAAGAUUCUCUGCGUCAAAGCAAGUCCAUUACCUCGCUCGCCAAUGGUCUGGCUGUGGCACACAAGGCCUAUGGGGCAGGGCUCUCGAACCGGCCGCUGUGCCUUUUGUUUAUUGUACAAGAUCCGGAAAGAAACGUCUUUGAUCAGAGACACAUUGAGUAUGCAUUGCAAGAGAGCCAUGGAGUGCGCACCUUCCGCCUUCCGUUUGGAGAGACACUGUUGCAUACGCGGCUCGACUCGGAUCGUACGUUACUCUAUACGCCCCCAGGCUCGCCAUCGAUGACGUAUGAAGUAACGACGGUGUACUUUCGGGCGGGUUAUUCGCCAGACGACUAUACCAAGGAGGAGGAUUGGGCCGCACGGCUUCAUAUGGAGAAGAGCCGAGCGAUCAAAUGUCCCAGCAUUCUAACACAUCUUGCUGGAUGCAAAAAGGUACAACAAGUGCUAGCCACCCCACAGUCACCACAUCUCAAGCGCUUCUUACCUGAUGCCGAGGUCGCAUCCCGUCUGCUAGCCACUUUUGCGCCGAUAUAUCCACUGGACGAUAGUGAAGCUGGACAGCAAGCAAGGGAACUCGCCACCAACCCCGCUUCAGCUGCUCGCUAUGUUUUGAAGCCACAACGCGAGGGCGGGGGAAACAACGUCUAUCGAAAAUCGAUCCCGCCGUUCUUGGAAAAGCUCCCGACAACGCAUUGGCCAGCGUACAUUCUGAUGGAGAUGAUUGAGCCCCCUCCUCUGCAGAAUGCCAUUCUGCGUAAUGGAGAAAUUCAGAGCGGGGGCGUCAUCUGCGAGUUGGGUGUGUACGGAGUGUGUCUCUGGCGACACGGUAGCGGCGAGGAGAAGAAGGGGGAGAUUGUCGAGAGCUGGGAGGCGGGCUACCUGUUGCGCACCAAGGGCGAUCAAAGCGAAGAGGGCGGCGUGGCUGCUGGGUUUGGGGCAGUAGAUAGCUGUUGCUUGGUGGAUGGUUAA